AUGGCAACGCUGGAAAGCUACCGAAAUCUGCGAAACCAUCUGAUAUUAGCGUCGAAAAUUGUAGGAGUUGAGAUCUGGACCGCUCCCGGGAAGAUCAAACCAGCAUCGUGCAUCGUAAUCGUUCAAUUGUUCUUUUAUUUUGGCUGCAACACCUUCACAGUGCUCAAGUACCGAAGUGACUUUAUCUAUGUGCUGAAGAUCCUCAUCACCCUGGGACCCGCAGUGCAGCUUUUCAUGAAGUUUGUGGUGUAUUUCUGGAGAGUGGUUGACAUUAAAAGUUACGGCGAGGAGAUCGAGCGGGAAUUGCUGGACCCGUACCAGACUGGCUCUCCUGAAGAAGUGGUCGUUCUAACGCGUGCGGGUCGUCUGCUUUGGCGCAUAUUUCGUCUGUCUGUCAUAAUGUUAGGAAGCACUGGAGUCGCCUUUUUGUUGUAUCCAAUCUUUAUCUACAUGACACAGGGUGAAACCGUGCCUCUGUUUCUCUACGAGGUGCCUUACUACGAUUUGAAUUCAGUUAAAAGGUACUUCCUGAACCUGGCCUUCCAGUUCCAGCUCUACGUAUUGGGUAUGUUUGGGUUGCUGUUGUCAGAUUUUGUGUUCAUAAUGUACGUAAUGUACGCUAUGGCUAGGGUCAAUAUCUGUAUAGUGCAUUUACGUGAACUCGAAACUAUGCUAAACGAUCCGCUACUGCUGGCCACCGAAAUGGCGUCAGUGCGUUGCAAGUGGAUCCAAUGCAUGGAUGAUCAUCGCAUAACGACGGGAUUGCUGAACAAAAUCGAGGAACUGUUUGGAGUUAUGUGCUUCAUCCAGGUGGUGAUGGGUGUUUUUACGGUGUGCGAUGUUUUGUUGUUGGUAGCUCUGACGGAUUGGUAUCCUGUACACAUGUUUCUCGUGGCCGUCUUUUUCGAGCUUUCGGCACUUUUCGUCGUGGGCCACUUUGUCGAGCUUAAGGUUGACGAAUUGUACGACGUCAUUAUCUCCACAUCCUGGUACCGGCUGCCCGAGGAACACCACAAGGAGUUUGGUUUUCUACUAUUUCGCCAGCAGCGACCUCUCGUCCUCACAAUGUAUGGAUUUGCGCCAGUCAAUUUCGUGUCAUAUUCGAGCGUUUUGAAAAAACUGUACCAGUUUUUUGUAUUGGUCAUGCAGUACGUCGAUUAA